AUGUACCGACAAAUGUUAAUUCGUCCAGAAGACAGGGCAUUUCAACAUAUUUUUUGGCGUGACGCGCCUAGCGACGACGUCGUUGAAUUUCAAUUGUGUACCAUCACGUACGGCCUCAACUGUGCGCCGUAUCUAGCCAUACGUUGUCUACACGAGCUGGAUAGCCAAGACGGUAAUCGGUUUCCGUUAGCCAAAGACGUUCUCACCAGAACCGCCUACGUCGAUGAUAUCGUCAUCGGCGCCGACACUGAAGAGCUAUUGUUACGUCGAAAAGGGGACAUCGUCGGUCUACUGCGCAGCUGUGCCUGCGAGUUGAGCAAGUGGACCAGCAACAGCACCGCCGUACUCGAGUCUGUUCCUUCCGGGGACCGAGUACAAGCCAUAUCAUUCGACCCUCAAGAAGAACACGCCGUGAAAGUUCUCGGCCUGCACUGGGACACGAACACCGACAAAUUUGUUUAUCAUACCAGCCUUCAACAGACUUCGUCUACGAAACGAGAAGUGUUGUCCGUCAUUGCCCGCCUAUUCGACCCCAUCGGCGCCCUGGGACCAAUGCUACUGUGGGCAAAGUGUUUUAUGCAGCUUUUGUGGAGCAAGAAACUCGGGUGGGACGAUCCGAUGCCUGACGAGUUGCAAUCCAUGUGGCAACAGUUCUGCACAGAAUUACCACUUGUGUUCGAUUUAAGUCUACCACGUCACAUCGAAGCCACUUGUCAACAGGACAUCCAGCUGCUAGGCUUCGCAGACGCGUCGGUCAAAGGAUAUGCGGCUACCAUUUACCUUCGUCUCGUCGAUGCCACCGGCAAUAUUUCUGUAAAAUUCAUCACCUGUAAAACUAAGGUUGCGCCUUUGAAGAGCUCGACCGCCGACGAGUCGCUAUCGAUACCACGCCUAGAACUGUGCGGCGCUUUGUUAUUGGCCCGUACCCUUCACUAUGUGCAUUCUGUUCUGUCCAGCAAAGUUCCCGUAUCUCGUUUGCGAGCGUGGUCAGACUCAUCGGUCGUCUUGUCAUGGUUGACGUCGGACCAAAAACAUUUCAAGAUUUUUGUAACAAAUCGAUUUGCAAAAAUAAGUCAAUUGCUACCUGGUUGUAUGUGGAGUUACGUCUCGACCAACGACAACCCCGCGGAUCCAGCUUCUCGUGGACUUUUGCCGAAAUCAAUGUUGUCCUCGUCCAUCUAUUGGAACGGUCCUGACUUCCUACGACUUCCCGAAGACCAGUGGCCUCAAUCGAGAUUUAUUCCGCUCACACCAGACCAGCUGCCGGAGACCCGGCCGAAUUUCAUCACGACGUUGGCCGUCAAUGUUCAUCCGCCUUCACUCGAAUUUAUUGACCGAUUUUCGUCGCUCGGUAAAAUGCUGCGCGUAUUGUCAUACAUAUUGCGCUACCUGUGUCACCGUCUACGUCGACAACCUGUCCGCGUCGGUCCAAUCACGUUUACCGAACGGGAAAGAUCACUAUCGAUCGCCGUGCAACACACACAACAAGUUUAUUUUUCAGACUUGAGAAAAAUGUUAAAAAAUGAAUCCAUGAUUUCGCCGCCGUCCCUGGCACAACUAGCACCUUACGUCGACAAGAAGGGUAUCAUACGAGUCGGAGGCCGUCUUCGCUUCGCUAGUGCCAGUCAGGACGCGAAGCACCCGAUUUUGCUGCCGCGAUCCUCACACCUCACCGAGCUGAUUAUUCGCCACUACCACCUGUCAUUUCUGCACGGCGGCUCAAAAUUAGUACUGUCAAUGUUAAGCCAACAAUUUUGA